GCUGGGGGAUGUGCCCUCUGGGCUGGUGCUCUUUAUUAUCAUGUCUCUCUUCUUCCUUUCAGUAAUUUAUUUCUAAUGUAGGCAGACAAACCUACAGUAAUGUCGAUGAUUUGGGAUAAUCAGACAGCAUUCAUAUUUUUCAUGGAAAAGUUCGUCGUUAGUUAAGCUAGCAUAGCUCAGUAAUUAGCGGUUUAUUUUCAGGGUCCGAAAAGAAAUGGAGACGCGGCUCUCGGAGCUUUUCGGGGCAGGUUCCGCUUUUAAACCUCCAGGAAGCGGGUCGGCUUCAAAUAAUCCCGCCGCAGUGGCUCCGAAAAAGGCGCUUGCAAAAAAUGGCAAAAAGGCAAAGAGUCGCUCUGCCAGAUAUCCCAAAUCGAGCAAUAACCCGCCAUAUCUACCUCCGGAGGCUGAAGAGGGAAAUAUAGAGUACAAGCUGAAGCUGGUGAACCCCACGCAGUAUCGCUUUGAGCACCUGGCCACACAGAUGAAAUGGAGGCUGCAGGAAGGCAGGGGAGAGGCCGUGUAUCAAAUCGGCGUGGAAGACAACGGCUUGCUGGUCGGAUUAUCCGAGGCAGAUAUGAGAGCCUCGCUCCGGACCCUCCGCAUGAUGGCUGAGAAGGUGGGUGCUGACAUUACAGUUCUCAGAGAGAGGGAGGUGGAUUAUGACUCGGAGGAGCCGCGAAAAAUCGCAGAAGUCCUCGUCAGGAAAGUGCCAGAUGACCAGCAGUUCCUGGACCUACGGGUAGCUGUGCUGGGUAACGUGGACUCGGGGAAGUCCACUCUCCUUGGCGUGCUUACUCAAGGGGAGCUGGACAACGGUAGGGGCAGAGCACGACUAAACCUCUUUAGGCAUCUCCAUGAGAUUCAGACAGGAAGGACCUCCAGUAUCAGCUUUGAGAUCCUGGGCUUUAAUAGCAAAGGAGAGGUGGUCAAUUACAGCGAGUCACGGACGGCAGAGGAAAUUUGCGAGAGCGCCUCAAAAAUGAUAACCUUCAUAGACUUGGCUGGUCAUCAUAAAUAUCUGAAGACUACCAUCUUUGGCCUCACCAGCUAUUGCCCUGACUUUGCCAUGCUGGUGGUCAGCGCAAACACUGGCAUCGUGGGCACCACGCGGGAGCACCUCGGCCUGGCGAUGGCUCUGAAGGUGCCGAUCUUCAUCGUGGUCAGUAAGGUGGACCUGUGCACAAAAGGCACGGUGGAGAGAACUGUACGGCAGCUGGAGCGUGUCCUCAAGCAGCCCGGCUGCAACAAAAUUCCACUGGUGGUGAACAACGAAGACGACGCCGUCACUGCAGCCCAGCAGUUCGCACAGUCUCCCAGCGUCACGCCGGUCUUCACGUUGUCCAGCGUAUCGGGGGAGAACCUAGAGCUGCUCAAGGUGUUCUUUAACAUUCUGCCUCCCCUCAGCAACAGCAAAGAGCAGGAGGAGCUCAUGCAGCAACUCACCGAGUUCCAGGUUGAUGAGAUUUAUACAGUGCCUGAUGUUGGGACUGUAGUAGGUGGAACUCUCUACAGCGGGAUCUGCCGAGAGGGGGAGCAGUUAGCGGUAGGGCCGAUGGAUGACGGCCAGUUCUGCGAUCUCACCGUGUGCAGCAUCCAGAGAAACCGAUCAGCGUGCAGAGUGCUUCGGGCAGGACAGGCAGCUACACUGGCACUGGGCGAGUUUGACCGCUCGUUGUUACGAAAGGGAAUGGUGAUGGUGAGUCCGGAGAUGAAUCCCACUAUCUGCUGGAUGUUUGAAGCUGAGAUUGUAUUGCUCUUUCAUGCUAAGACUUUCCACAAGGGCUUCCAAGUGACAGUGCACGUGGGCAACGUGAGACAGACGGCCACAGUGGAGGCUCUGCAAGGGAAGGAGGAGCUGCGCACAGGUGAGAAAGCAGUGGCACGCUUCAAGUUCAUCAAGCAUCCAGAGUACCUCAAAGUGGGAGCCAAGCUACUUUUUAGACACGGAGUUACCAAAGGCAUUGGACAAGUCACCAAACUACAGCCCUUGUCCCAGUACCAGCACCAAGCAUAGAGACUCAUUCUUGUCCUUUCUGUCUCUGACUCUUCCAGCUCAGAGGAUACAAGCACAGCAUACUAUAAUACACCAGUCCUUUAGUCAUCCUCAGAGUCCUUUUUUUGUGGGGGGAGACCCCUCCAAUGUAAUUUACACUUCCUUUUCUUUUACCAAAGCCUUUCCUCCACUGACCUCAAGCCUUUUUUUUAGUCUGGUUGUCAAGAUAUUUAGUCUGGUUGUCUUUUUUUUUUUUUUUUAAAGAAAUGUUUUUUAACUAUGGCAAUAGGAAUAUAUGAAGUGAGCUGGUCCUGUUUUAAGCGUUUGAAUGCAAUGGUCACCAUAUCAAGGCUGGAUUUGAAGUAGAUGUCUAGUAGCUGUUCUUGUCGCUAUGAGUGGACACGUAGCCAUUUGGGGUUUGUUUUUAAAGUGAAUGUCAAACUAACUGACUGGCUAAAAGUUAAAUGAUCACUGAAAGCUAAUGCUGCCAGUCCCAUGCUGUUUACCUCAUCAGCAUGGUUUGUUUGUCUUGUCCCUUUUUAAAGACUUCUAAUGAGCUUCUUGCACAAACAGUUCACACUCAAUUGCCACGAUAUGCCAAGUGAAAGCAUGACCAUGUUCCAUCAUCCCCUUCAGAAUUUAGUCCCAGCCCUAAUUUCACACGUGUGUUGGAAUUAAACUCUGCAGCUUGGUAGAUCUCCAGGAACCUGGAGGUAUCCAAACCCUUCCGUUAAGAAUGAAAGGCAACAGACUUCAGGAUCUUGGGAGGCCUUUUUGAAUGAGAGCUAACUUCUCAUAGAUGUUGAAAAUCCUCUGUCGCCAAUUUGUCUUCACAUGUGUACUAAAGCGUAAGGUGUUCAGUAUUUAAAUGGCAGCUACAACGAUAACAGUUUCAGCACUAUCUUUUCAACCAACUUUUAAAAGGAAAUGCCAGCACUGUUAGCUUUAAACCUGCUAAUAGUCUCUGUUGUCUUCUGUAAAAUGAUGACCGGUAUUAAACAAGGCACUUUAACGUAGUGACAGGCUCACGCUUCACAGGGCUGAAUGUUUCAGCGCGACGAGACACGCUGAAGACGUCUCGCACUGCCUUACUGUCACGCGGUUGGUUCUCUGUGCUUCGCUGUUGCCGAAUACCACUUCCUAUAUGACUGUAUCAUGUUUUUGUUUGUUUUUUUUGUCAAUUAAGUUGAUAUUCUUGCCUACACUCAAGUGCUUUAGUUGCUCAGGAAGUGUUGCAUGUUCCUCUUUCACACUGACCCUAGAUCAAGAGAAGUAGAUGUCAACUUGAGCAGCGCCUCCCUCAAAGCAUCUCCGCUGCUCUUUUACUGAUUAUGCAAAACGUCCUGCAGGCCUCAGGUGGGUUUUUCCCCCCCCUGAUCUUUUAUGUCACUGAUUUUUAUCUUGUUCACAAUCUUAUUUUCUUUAGGUUACUGAUAUCAGAGGUGCUCUUUUGUAGUGCCUUGUGUCCGACAAGCUCCUUGGCGAAGUCGGACAUCGAACCCCACACGAUUUUGUAGCUUUUUAACUUGGUGCUAAACCUUUUACUAUUAAGAACAUAAACAGGGUUGAUCGAAUAGUUUCUAAAUUAUGUGUCUGUCUGAAACAACUAGUUUAUCCAUGUCAAGUUCUUUUAUGUACCACGUUAAGGCACAAUGUUAACACCUUUUAGUAUGUGUUUCUUGUGCAAUUUUAGAGGUGAGGGGGGGAAUGCAUUUAAACCAAAAUGAAAAAAAAAAUUAAUAAACUAGUUAUUUCUA